CUAAAACUAAAGUCUAAAACCAAAUCUGAAAUCCCUAACCAUUUCAGCCCUGCCGCCCUCCGACUCCAACCUCCGUCUACUCCGACCUGGAAAGCUCCGUGUCGGCGUCUCCUCUGUCUACUCCAAGGCAUCUUGUCUGACCUCCACCGGACCACCGCUCCAGUCUCUUAUCUCCUCCGAUCUCCCCACCGAACCGCGACUCCAGUCUCUUGACUCUCAGAGAAAUGAUUCAGAGGAAGAAAGACAAUUAGAGUUGAACAGUCCAGACUGCGUGAAUCAUUUUUCAAUAGUUAACCGAAAAAAAUUUUGGUUCGGUUAAUUCGAAAAUAAAAAGUUCGGUUAACGGUUAAAGCUUUAAAAUUUUCGGUUAAUUCGGUUCGGUUAACCGAAUGCACACCCCUAUAAAUAUAUAUAUUUACUGAAAUCUCAACCCUUUCCGGCCUCCUCCAGUCCUCUGCAUCUCCGACUCAGGCAGGCAUCAACCAUGAUUUUGAAUGGCAACGCUGUUCAUAAAUCCCACUAUGACAUCCUUGGUGUCGAGGAAGACGCAAACUAUGAAGAUAUUCGUGCAGUUUAUCGAUCUGCCAUCCUUAGUUUCCAUCCUGAUAAACUGCACAGUGCUUCGGACUCAUCCCCUUCCAAGCGUGAGACAGAGAACAGGUUCUUAGAGAUACAAAAGGCUUGGGAAAUCCUUAGUGAUCAAAGAUCACGCACAAUCUAUGAUAACGAGUUGCGUAGUUUGAGACAAGAUGCAGCAACCUCUGAAGACAUUGGCGUAGAUGAUCUCAAAAUUGAAGCUGCCGGUGAUGUUCUUGAGCUCUCUUACCCCUGUAGGUGUGGCGACUUCUACGUGAUCGAUUCUUUGGAUUUGGCAGAUAUAGGAUGUCCAGUGGUGAGGGAUGGAAAAGAAAUCUUUAUAGAAACAUCAAAAGAUUUGCCAGCAUCUGUUGUUCUUCCCUGUGGUUCCUGCUCUCUCAAAGUUCGCUUAUUGAUAAAUCCAAACACCAGGCUUGAGUUAUAGAUGAUACACAUUUCUGAACCUUUCAAAAUGGCACAUUCAUCUUUUAGAAAGAGUUAUUUAUCACUGAGGAGCAUUUUUUAGAGCACACAACUAUACUUUUGUAUUACAUUUAGCAAGUUUCACUUUAUUUUUUUGUUUUGUUUUUUUUUUUUUUUUUUGGUGGCAAGAGAAACCUGCAACUAACACCCAAGAGUGUAUAGUGGGUAAAUUCCGUUCUUGUGUAAUAGUCUGCAAACUACUCAAGAAAGGUAAAUCGCAUUAGGACAACCCUGUAUGAAUCAGUUUGAGAAAGUGUUGGCAAAAAUUGAAUU